CCUAUUGCGGUGGAGCAAGAGCCGGUCCCGCCCUUCGGUGGGCGCCUCUCCACUCCUCUCGGGUCUAUGGAGGAAAAACGGCGUUGGUCUCGCGGUUCCCAUGGCCGCAGUCGCCUGCGGCACCAAGGCCAUGUCCCUUUUCAAGCGGACCUUGGUGCUGAGCCCCGGCGCGGCGCCCAGGGGCGCGGGCACUCCCCCGCGCGGCUGCCCCCUGUCCCCCGCCGCUUGGCCCUCCAAGGACCGGCCGCGGGGAGAGGGCGUGUGCGGCCGGCUGCGGAGCCCCGCGGUAGCCGGCCGCCCGCCCCAGCCCCACUCCAGCCCCUCCGCGUCUCCCACCGCCGUGUGUCUCCUCUGCCCGCAGGACUCGCUCAGCAGCAGCUUGAAAACUUGUUACAAGUACUUGAAUCAGACCAGUCGCAGUUUCGCAGCUGUUAUCCAGGCGCUGGAUGGGGAAAUGCGCCAUGCAGUAUGCAUAUUUUAUCUGGUUCUCCGAGCGCUGGACACUCUGGAAGAUGACAUGACCAUCAGUAUAGAAAGAAAGGUCCCCCUGUUACACAACUUCCACUCGUACCUUUAUGAGCCCGACUGGCGGUUCACGGAGAGCAAGGAGAAGGACCGACAAGUCCUGGAGGACUUUCCAACGAUCUCCCUGGAGUUUCGAAAUCUGGCUGAGAAAUACCAAACAGUGAUUGUUGACAUUUGCCGGAAGAUGGGAUUUGGGAUGGCAGAGUUUUUGGACAAGCGUGUGAUGUCUGAACGGGAGUGGGACAAGUACUGUCACUAUGUUGCUGGGCUGGUGGGAAUUGGCCUUUCUCGUCUGUUCUCGGCCUCAGAGUUAGAAGAUCCCUUAAUUGGUGAAGACACAGAGCUUGCCAACGCUAUGGGCCUGUUUCUGCAGAAAACAAACAUCAUCCGUGAUUAUCUGGAAGACCAGCGAGAAGGAAGAGAGUUUUGGCCUCAAGAGGCUUGGAGCAAGUAUGUGAACAAGCUGGGUGACUUUGCCAAGCCAGAGAACAUGGACUUGGCCGUGCAGUGCCUGAAUGAGCUCAUAGCCAGCACGCUGCACCACAUCCCUGACGUCAUCACUUACCUUUCACGACUCAGAAACCAGAGCAUAUUCAACUUCUGUGCUAUUCCACAGGUCAUGGCCAUCGCCACUUUGGCCGCCUGUUAUAAUAAUCAGCAGGUAUUCAAAGGGGUGGUGAAGAUACGAAAAGGGCAAGCAGUCACCCUGAUGAUGGAUGCCACCAACAUGCCCGCUGUAAAAGCUAUAAUACACCAGUACAUGGAAGAGAUUUAUCACAGAAUCCCCAACUCCGACCCAUGUUCUACUAAAACAAGGCAGAUCAUCUCCACGAUCAGGACACAGAGUCUUCCCAACUGUCAGCUCAUCUCUCGGAGCCACUACUCACCCCUGUACCUGUCGUGUGUCAUGCUCCUGGCGGCCCUGAGCUGGCAGUAUCUGAGCACCCUGUCCCAGGUCACAGAGGACUAUGUUCAGACCGGAGAACGCUGACUGGGCUUGGUCGGGAGACUGAACACCCUGGGGAAUGGACUGACCUUCUCUUCAGGGAUGGAUGUGGGCUUCCCCCCUUUUUCCCCUCCUGCUUUAAUUCCUCAAAGAACUCUGUGGGCCUAGAACUUUAGAAACUGUGACAUGUGGUGAAGAUAAGAUUAAAGGGAAAGGACACUUCAGCCUUGGCCACCUGUGUUCACCUGUGCCCACCUGGGCAGGGUGACUGAGGGCUGAGCGUCCACUGCUGUGGGUCACAGUUAGGGCUGCAUCCAGGCCUGCAGAGAGAUCAUACUUAGUGUGAAUACGGGCUAAAAUGUAUUUAAUUUGAAGCAACCUUUGAAUACCUAUCCUAAUAGAAAGUGAAGUGCAUUUUCUUUCUGUUCUGUUCCUGUUUUUCUCAUCCUUUUGUUUUCUUCAGUGGACUUGAAUGUAGUAGAUGUGGAUGUUUAGAGUUCUAGGAAUAUUCCCCCGUUUCCUAAGGAUGCAGACUGUCUUCUGCACGUGAAGGCUAGGAAGUAACUUCUGGGUGGGGUUAGCAUUAUUUCCUCAUUUAAAAGGAGUUUAGGUUUCAGGAUUGCCUUUGGUCCCAUCGUAGCAGGUUGGUUUCCAGUUAAGGCUGACGUUUUUGAGAUUUUUAUAAUAAAGAACUGAAUUACUCGGCAUUUGUCAAGGGCAGUUCACUUGAAGCCUGGAUGAGCGUGGCAGGUACGGAACUCCAGGCUGGAGUUACUGGUUGAGGGACGGUGGCCACUGCUGCCACUGGGAAGCAGGGACCCGGCCUCCCCACCCUGCGCUGUGCCUGCCGGGAAGGGAGCAAGGGCAUCACCUCCGCCAGCCUGCUCUACUUCUAGCUCAUUCUCUUAGCUGCAUUCAGAAAUUUUAUUGCAUUCGGAGGGUAUUUUCAGCUUUGGGGUUUUUUUCUGUUUGUUUCUCAAGAAAGGCAGAUGUUUUCCGGUGAUUGGCUUGAAAGCCAAGUGGCACUUAGCCCAGUUCCCCCAGCACGGUGGUCCACCUCCCUCUUCCCCCCAGCAUCGCCAAGGUUUGGGCUGUGCCCACCCAGUGACUCCCUGAGAGUCUCAGCUCAGAGGGGGUGUUUGAAAAAGCCCCUCGGGCCGAGAAUCCCUGUUGCAGGGCGUUACAGUACUUUCCCGAAGCUGUGCUCUUAGUGUGUAGUGUAUAGUCAGUCCUCUUUUGCUGCAGCUCUCUGUGUGUGACUUAGUCACUGAAGGAGCUAUGUUCCAGCACUAACGUUGGGUCUGCACUGUGACACACGUACCCACAGAUUCUUCUCCUGUGGGCCGCUGCUGCCGCCUGACCGUGAACUGUUUUGUUUCAUUUGAGACUCAGUCCUGGAUGUACCAGUCACCACAUUGAAGCCAAAGUCACUUACCACUUAAGAGCCCAGCUCUAAGCCAGACUCAGCAGUGAGUAAUUUAAGCAUCAAAACUUGGUUUGCGAUUCCAAGGUAAGUGUUAAGAUUUGUGUGUUGAAAUCUAUUCUGCUGCAGUUCACGUAGGACACGGGACAACCCGGUGGAAAGAGCCUUGGUCUGAGGUGGAUGCGUUGGAAGCUUCUCUCCUGGCUCAGCUGUGGGGCUUUCUGAGCUUCUGGUGGCUCCGGACGCGCAGGCUCAGGGGCCCAGCCACUCCACAGCAUGUGGGACCCUCCCGGACCAGGGCACGAACCCGUGUCCCCUGCAUCGGCAGGCGGACUCUCAACCACUGCGCCACCAGGGAAGCCCUGGCAUCGUGUAUUUUUACUUGCUGAAUCUGGCAACCCCACCGUCUACUCCACACUUUUAAGACUCCUUAGGCCAAGCACGAAGAUGCCCCGAGGUCCAGUUCGGUUCACUUAGUGCAUCUCUGCUGGCGUCCGGGUGAGGAUGGAGGUGCAGGGUGAAGCAGUGAUUUCAAAACAGUAAAAGCCGGCUUCUCCCCAGACUGUGGUAUCAGAGGGCAGCAGGUAAGAGAAAUCUCAACCACUGAGUUUGAGGGAGACAAUCUGUACCACUAGUACAGCUCUUCCAACCCAACCAGCAGACUCUCAUCCACCUGAUCAGCCAAGGAGCACACAACAGAAAACCUAAGAAUCAUGCCAAGGACAAGACCAGAGAGGGUUAGCAGCGCUGCAGACCUCAACAGAUGCAGGGGCCCUGGGAGAACGUGGCUUUCUCCAAAGGGCUGCCCCACUAUCUAUCUCUUCUCAACCUAUUCCGGAUCCAGAAAGCCGCCUGCUUGGGUGGGAAUCCAUCUAGCUAGGAGAGCUCUGCUUUCCACUCCUUUGGGAAACUACAAACCCUUCCGGUCUGUCUUGCUCCCUGGUGACGCAGAGGCGGGGGCAGCAGGCACUACACAGCUGGUUUACGGGAGAGGCGGCGUGCUUGCGCCGUGACAGCAGCCCGUCCGCUGGGCUGGCCUUGGCUGCGUCUCCUUGGAAGACAGUGCCGAUGGCAAACAUGGGGCUUGGCCUGACCCAGUCCUUCAGGCCCUGGCUAAAACUAAAAGACAUUCCUACCCCUGCAUCUCAUCCCCAGUCUGAAUGGCGGUAUUUAGGGAAAAAAGUGCCCCAGGGCCAGCGGCCAGGCCCACAGGAGGUUACAUCUUCUAGUACUGACGAGUGCAUGGGAUUCCAGCCACAAUUUCUGAUUCGAUUCCACAGUGAUCCUCUCCUCUGAGGAUUUUAAAGAAGCCUAGAGAGCAGAAGACGCCUUUAGAGAGUGCUUGGCUUUUGCCGACAUAUCCAGACCCACCCCUGAAAAACGGGGAAACAGAAGUCACAAACCAGCCCCAAAGCUGUCACCAGCCGGCCCACAAGGUGCUCUGCCGGCUUCCGUUCACCCCGCAUCCGGCCCCUGCACCUGGUGUCGUGGGGACCCAGGCCGAGCACACACCCUCCCGGGAUCGAUCAGAGGCUGCCCCCGGCUCCCCAGCACCUGCGCAACUGGCGGAACAGGACAGGACGCCCGCUGUGCCCUGGCUCAGGGGGCCCUGCUCUCAGCAGGAAGGGGCUGCGCUCACCAUUGUCACCCCAGUCGGUGUUCCAGGAGUUGCCGACCAGCCAGUAGGGGGUGCCGUUCUCCACUCCCCAGCCCAGGAUGCGGAUGGCGUGGCCUCCCAUCAUCUCUCCUGUGACGUGCUGGUACACCCCUGGGAAAGGAGACAGCGGUCAGACCGAGACCGGGCAGCCGCCCCAUCUGCCACAGCACCCCUCCAGCUCGGCUGGUCACCCCGGGCAGGACGGACGGGGCCGGAGGAAAGGACGGGCCCUGGCAUUCCACAAGAAGGCUCCAGGGGUUCGCACAACAUUUUGGAAUUACUUAUUUUUGAAAGCCUAACACACUCGAAUACAGGAGGUAAAUAUUAAGAUGGAGGCCAAUCAAAUGUGUUCGUUGGUUCCCUUUAAAACUAAAGUUGUAAAUUCUAAUAAAAAUACCAACAGUUAACUGUGUUACA